AGUGAUACGUUUGAAGGCAUGAGACUUCCUUUGGUGGUUUUAGAAAUAAAGAUGGGUGUUAAACAUUUUGGUGGAGCAAUCUUCUUACCUUUAAUACCAGGAGCUGAAGAUCUGCAUACAACAGUAACGAACUUAGGGCCGAAUUGCUUCCAACAUGAAUCUUCUGAGUCAGGAGUGUCAAAUGCAGAAUUAGAAGAAAAGGAUUCUUUUUUAGGCCCAGAAAAAAAGGUUCCUGCAGGCAAAGAUGUAUCUAACAGCAUUAUGAUGAAUGUUGGUCCGGGAAAUUUAUCUCCGCAAGUAGUUUUUUGCAAAGUACCCAGUCGCACUGCGGUACAAAAACCAAAAAUGUUAACUGUGACUGUUGGAGAAGUUUAUCGUCGCGUAUUUGGACCUGAAAUGAUGAAUGUUUCAUUGCUGGGGUCGUAUCUAAGGAGAGCUAAAGAAAAAGAUGGAGGCAAAACUCUACGCGACGAGUUGACAAAAUUGGGAAUGUAUGUUCCACUUGGGCGUCGAAAGAACGGCAGCACUACGACAUGGACCUGCUUCGUGGAAGAAGAAGCUCAAGCUAUGGCGUUCGAUUUGGACGUUGCUUCAAGAAAAUUCUUUCCGGUGCAAGAUUUUUCACAAACAAUUAAAGAGAGGUUAAACUGUCCAGAUAGAGAUUUGCGUUUCUGUGCUGUAGGCAUGAGGAAAAUGUUAAAAGUUAUGAGGCAAAUUUUUUUGGACGACCGGAGUCCUGUUCAUGGGCGUGAGGAAGGUGAGCCAAUACUUAAGAAGGAUUUACAAGAUGGACUUUACAAAUAUUCUUGUGCAACUCAUGGGUUCGGCUCUUUAGCUUUAACAUCCGCCAUAGACUUGUUUGAUGCUUUUAUGGAAGCUUUGCUUGAGGAUUUUGGCUUUUGCAGCGAGAAUGGUAGCAGCAGCGGCUCGAUUGAUUCCAUAUAA